GCAGCCAGCCCGAGUGCCAGCCCGCGGCCGCAUCGCUGCUGCACCGGGCGCCAGGCUUGGGCAGUGCGCUCAGAGCUGCCUGGCGCAUCACAGGGAUCCCACUCACCUCCUUUGCCCUUCUCUUGCUGGAUGGAACAGGAAGAUAAUCAGGGUGUGUGUGGAUACCAGACUUCUGAAGACAGAGGCAUGGGGUCUGACUUUGAGAACUGUGAGGAUCAAGAAGGGGACCCAGAAGAAAGAGGAGUGGGCUCUAAUCCACGAGAAACAGAAGAGAGAGGCCAUCUGGGGCAGGAGGUGGACUCCGAUGGACCAGAUGAUGAUCUAAGAGGGGAAUCACAAGAGAGGGAUAUAGUGUCUACUGUCUGUUCAGAGGGGUUGCUGAGUGAGGAAGAAGGAGCUAUCCUCUGUGAGGAAGAGGACGACCAGCCUGGUGUGGCUGACAUGGCAUUGUUCCCAGGACUGUCAGAAUCUGACAGCAUAUCCCGGAGUCCCCGCAGAGAGGAAGAGGAGGAGGAGGAAGACGAAGAGGAGGAAAGCGCUGGGGAGAACCGAUUGAUAGAGGAGGAAGAGCCAUUGCCUACUCCGGUGCUUCCCUGGAGGCGUCACCUCUCCCUGGGUGGUCGACACCGGGGUGACAAGCCUGCUCAUCGCCGCUUCCACCGGCUCCAUCACCCCAUGGCCAUGGACCUCGGAGAACUCGACAGCCUGAUGGCCAGCAUCAUGGACGCGCCCACCAUCUGCCCGGACUGCGGGGAGAGCUUUAGCCCGGGCGCAGCCUUCCUGCAGCACCAGCGCAUCCACCGCCUGGCGGAGGCCGCGGCUGUGGCCAGCCUGGAGCCUUUCGGUUUGGCUGGCGAGUGUGAUGGAGUGGUGGGGAUGAUGGGCGUGGGCAUGGGCGUGACCAGCGGCUUCGGGGCGGGGCCCACGCUGGCCCGGCCCCCUCGCGAGAAGCCCUUCCGCUGCGGGGAGUGCGGCAAAGGCUUCAGCCGCAACACCUACCUGACCAACCACCUGCGGCUGCACACGGGCGAGCGGCCCAACUUGUGCGCCGACUGCGGCAAGAGCUUCAGCUGGCGUGCCGACCUGCUCAAGCACCGGCGCCUGCACACGGGCGAGAAGCCAUACCCGUGCCCGGAGUGCGGCGAAGCCUUCAGCCUCAGCUCUCACUUGCUGAGCCACCGGCGCGCGCACGCGGCGGCGGGCAGCGCGGGCUCUGCGGGCUCGGCAGCGGCGCUGCGGCCCUUUGCGUGCGGGGAGUGCGGCAAAGGUUUCGUGCGCCGCUCGCAUCUGGCCAACCACCAGCGCAUCCACACCGGCGAGAAGCCGCACGGCUGCGGCGAGUGCGGCAAGCGCUUCAGCUGGCGUUCGGACCUGGUGAAGCACCAGCGGGUGCACACGGGCGAGAAGCCCUACAUGUGCUCCGAGUGCGGCGAGACCUUCAGCGUGAGCUCGCACCUCUUCACGCACAAGCGCACGCACUCGGGCGAGCGGCCCUACGUGUGUCGGGAGUGCGGCAAGGGCUUCGGCCGCAACUCGCACCUCGUCAACCAUCUGCGCGUGCACACCGGCGAGAAGCCCUUCGGCUGCGGCCAGUGCGAGAAGCGCUUCAGCGACUUCUCCACGCUCACGCAGCACCAGCGCACGCACACCGGCGAGAAGCCCUACACGUGCCUCGAGUGCGGCAAGAGCUUCAUCCAGAGCUCCCACCUCAUCCGCCACCGGCGCAUCCACACCGGCAACAAGCCUCAUAAAUGCGCCGGCUGCGGCAAGGGCUUCCGCUACAAGACACACCUUGCACAGCACCAGAAGUUGCACUUGUGCUAGGGCGGGCAAUGGAACAAGGCGGUGCGGUGGGAGUCC